AUGUUUUCAUGGCAGGCUACUAAAGAAAUUGUACCUGUGUCUGAUAGGCAAACAUCUCGUAACAUAUCACUCACUCUCCCCCCAGAGGUGAUGGAGUCCAUUCUGCAAUACGUCGGUCUGGCCACACUUCGUUUGGUUGUCCCUCUGGUCUGUCAUCGAUGGUACAACGUCGCUCAACCACUCCUCAAGAGGUCAGUCCAUAUCAAGGCCAUUCAAUUCGAUCGCAGUCCGAAUGAGCAAGCGCAAGAGAAGAAGGUAAAAUAUGAGUCUGAGCAGAUGUUAGCCCUCAGCUUACGGGGAGCUUACACUCUUGUGUACCAGGCAGGAUUGUUCCCAAAAUCCGAUAUCAUGCAGUUGCCUGCGAACUAUGAAAAGACAGCUUGGGCCACCCUUAAAGAUGCUAUGAUCUCCUUGUCAGAAACAGCUCCUGAAGCUAUCAGGAUCCGCACACUCGUUCUCGACGCUGAGCUAAAGUCUGUUAUCUGGAGACGAUUACAGCCGCUUUUGGGCUUUUUUGGGCUUGGACUCACUACGUUGCACCUGGACAGUAUCCCUGAUGGUACCAUCAUCUACCUUGGCCCUAUCAUGGAGUAUUGCCCUCAUCUCAAGAACCUCAAGGUGAUGGCUCGGUUAUUUUCAACAGGAGACAUGACCUCUAGAUUAGGAGAGAUCGAGGCUGGGCCCAGUAAGCAAUGGCCUCUACGAUCCGUCACCUUCGACAACAUGGUUUUGCUACAAACUGCACUAGAGACGCUAGCGCAGAACUGUCCUGAUUUAAAAGAGCUCCGGAUGAUCCGUUGCAAGCCUCUGAUAAAAGGGAGGGUGGUCGCUGACUGUCCAGAGAACUGUUUACUCUUCAAGCAAAGACGUGAGCAGUUCUUUAAUCACUUGAAGGAUCAUUGUCGGAAGCUCAGGAGCCUCCAUGUCUCCGUUGCAGUAGAUCUGAGGUACAAAAGUUUUGAGGAAGUGGCGCCGAUAUCUCAGUUCCCUUUAAUUGAGCACUGGGGGGUAGCGACUCUAAGUAUGUCUAAGGGGAAAUUAUCCUUGGCUAGCACACUUUUGGAUAUGCAUCGAAAAGAGAAUCGAUUGACGAGUGUCGAGAUCGUAUUAUCUAUCUGUAACAGUUUGGUUUUCCGUGGCCCAAACACCGGCAACUGGAUACACCUACUAUUGUGCGAAAGCCCACAUCUAGAACACUUUAAAGCACCAGACGUCAACCUCCCUUUGCAUUUACUCUAUGUGUCCAAUUUUUUGCGCAUUAUACCUCGUAGCAACAAUGAUGAAGGCGAUGACAGCUUUAUAUCCCCAGUCCCUCGGCGUAUAUGGGCGUGCAGAGGGCUGAAGACGUUACACAUUAAGAUUAAUGAGUCGUGUUCAUUUGGGAUGGGUGACUUGGAGGAGCAGGCUCGUGUACUAUAUGGAUACAUUAGUCGAGUCUGUCCGAAUCUAGAGGAUUUAUGCAUCAAUAGAACUCAAAUGCUCACGCCAUCACGUUAUCCGGUCAGUAUGUGUUUACUCUCUCGUUUGAAGCGUUUACGCACAUUGCAGGUCACGGGCGUCGCGUAUCUGUGCGAUAAGGAUAUUGAUUGGAUCAAAGAGCGCUAUUACUAUGAUACGAGCCAACAGGCGGGAUUGAAAUCGGAACAGGGGUCUCAAGGAGAUAAGCAGGGAGGUUUGAUCAAGUCUAUCAUCACAAGGCAGUGGCCCACUUUGCGUCAUUCCAUCAUCCCGUCCAAUUUCAAUGACAAUGUCAGCUUGUCGGAGCUGAGCGUUAGAGGUUUUCACCUCGAGGAUGAUAAUGAUAAUGGUACAGCUCUAAGGACAGGGCGUGGAAGUGAGAGACAGAGAGAUAUGAUUGAUAAUGUGGAUAUGACCGAUCUUGGAGGGCUAAGGGAUGUGGUUGAGUAUUUCAAAGAUCGGCGCCGCAAUCGAGAUGAAAGUCUAUGGCCUGAACUAAGGACCAUAAACGUAAGGUUCAACAUUAAUGGCUAUGACGAGUGGAGCACGCUCGAUCUUGAGAUGAAAAAGUUUCGAAAUAUUAUCAAGAAAUAUCGACCAGAGAUUGAAGUUGUCAGCAUUGGGAUGAGGAGCUAUGAACUCGUAUUAUAA